UAUCCGUUCUAGAACGAUUAUUUAUGUACUGCUCUACUCUCCAUAUAUUCUUACACUAUAGUAUAUUUAUAAUUAUAUAUAUAAUUUAAAAUACCAUUUUACCGACUACUUCACCUUAGACAUAAACCAAAAACGAUCGAUUGGUAAUUGUAUUCAGUGCCUCUCCCUAUGUCUCAUUUUCUUUUCCAUUAAUUAUUUCUUUUUAUUGAAGAGCAACUCCGCCCAACAAUUUUCUCUUUAUAAAGGGUUGCCACUUCAAUGAUGUUUCUCAUGUCGCUCUCCCUUUUAUUAUCACUUCUCAAUAAGCUGAAGAAGAUGAUGCAUCAUAUGAGUGAGAAUUCUAUUGUGCGUAAGUUGAAGCCUUAUAUUCUAGUGGUGAGCCUACAAUUUGGAAUUGCAGGCAUAUAUGUAAUAUGCAUGGCCACUCUCACCAAAGGCAUGAGUCGUUAUGUUUUGAUCGUAUAUCGAAACACUGUUGCCGCUCUCUUUCUUGCUCCAUUCGCACUAAUUUUCGAAAGGAAAACAAGACCAAAGAUGACACUCCCUGUGGCAUUACAAAUCAUGGUCUUGGGUUUUCUAGAACCCGUAGUCGAUCAAGGGUUUGGUUAUCUAGGGAUGACAUACACGUCAGCAUCAUUCACAUCGGCCAUCAUGAAUGCUGUGCCCUCUGUUACCUUUAUCAUUGCGGUCCUUUUUCGAGUGGAACGUUUAAAUAUAAAACAAGUACGAGGGGUAGCCAAGGUAAUUGGCACCUUGGUUACCUUCGCCGGAGCUUUGAUUAUGACACUUUACAAAGGCCCAAUUCUCGAUUUCUUUUGGACUCAAAAAACCAACCACCACGUUAACAGCGGCGCCGCCGCCACCAAUCAACAUUGGGUGGCCGGAACGUUGUUCAUCCUUCUGGGCUGCGUGGCUUGGUCUUGUUUCUACAUAUUACAAUCUGUAACAGUAAAGAAAUAUCCGGCGGAGUUGUCUCUCUCAGCACUGAUAUGCUUGGCUGGUGCACUUCAGAGCACAGUGAUAGCAGUAGCUAUUGAGCGUCAUGCUAGCGCAUGGGCUGUGGGCUGGGACUCAAGGCUUCUUGCUCCUCUCUAUACGGGAAUAGUUGGGUCAGGAAUUGCUUAUUACUUUCAAGCUCUUGUUAUGAAGACUAGAGGUCCUGUCUUUGUGACGGCUUUCAACCCUUUAUGUAUGAUUGUUGUCACCGUUAUCUCUUCCAUUGUUCUUGCAGAGAAGAUUCACCUCGGAAGUGUCAUUGGAGGCCUUAUCAUCGCAAUUGGGCUUUAUGCAGUCGUUUGGGGUAAAAGUAAGGAUUAUUCCACCGCCGACCACCUCCAAAAGCCAAACGCCGCCGCUGUACCAGACCUUCCAAUCGUUGCCUCUCAACUCCCUGCCGAACAAGAAGCUUAUCUUCAACCUUCCAAAUGAAUUUAAUACAAAUUGCUGCCCACAAAAUCCAUUCACUUGUAGACCUCUUUGCCUUAUAUUUACUUAUGUCAUAAAGUAUCAUAGUUUUUCUUUUAAUUGAGUUUACAGACACGAUCUCAUCGUUGACGAGAUUAUAUGUUUGAAUCAAUUGAGUUAUGCUUAAAUACAUUUUACUUUCCAACUUAAAAGAUGGUGUAUAUGUAUAGACCUAGUUAUUAUAAUAAUGUCUUUCCAACC